UGAUACGGUAGUGCGAUUGGAAAGAAACAUAACUGGAGUAACGCGCACUAAACGUGUGAAUCGAAAGGGAAAAGCAAUUCGGGAUCGGGUAGUGGACAUUUUUGUAACAAAAAGUUGAGUCGCUAAUUUUCGUGUAUCGAAAGGUCUCGAAAUUGGUUGGAAGUUGAUUGUGUGUAAACGGCGUGCGUGUGGUACCUAGAAACGCGGAACAACGUACUUGGAAAAAUUCGCCGACAAAAUGAGUUUAAGACUGGCUGAGAAGAAAGAGAAUGUUCUAAAAAACUCUACCGGCAUAAUCGGGAAUGUGGUCAAUAGCUCGGAUGACGUUUCUAAUGGAACCGUCGAGUGGCAAAAUGGACAGAAUCUUCUGGUUGUUACACAGGAUACCCAGGGCAAGGAAUUAAUUGCGAUCGCUGACAAUCAGACCAUUAACGUCGCCGUUGACUCCUAUUGGCUACUGGAACUUGCCCACAGAGAAUAUCAAGCAGGGGAUUAUGAAAAUGCAGAAAGACAUUGCAUGCAGCUCUGGAGACAAGAAACAAAUAACACAGGAGUUCUUCUGUUACUAUCUUCUAUUCAUUUCCAGUGCAGAAGGCUAGAAAAAUCUGCUCAUUACAGCAGCUUAGCAAUAAAGCAGAACCCCUUAUUGGCUGAGGCUUAUAGUAAUCUUGGGAAUGUUUUCAAAGAACGUGGCCAGCUGCAGGAAGCAUUGGAAAACUACAGACAUGCAGUUAGACUGAAACCAGAUUUCAUUGAUGGUUACAUCAAUCUGGCAGCUGCAUUAGUAGCUGCAGGGGAUAUGGAACAAGCAGUUCAAGCAUAUGUGACUGCCCUACAGUACAACCCUGAUCUCUACUGUGUGAGAAGCGAUCUCGGUAAUCUUUUGAAAGCAUUAGCAAGACUUGACGAAGCCAAGGCAUGCUACCUAAAGGCGAUCGAAACGCGUCCAGAUUUCGCGGUUGCAUGGAGCAAUCUUGGCUGCGUGUUUAAUGCUCAGGGAGAAAUAUGGCUGGCGAUCCAUCAUUUUGAAAAGGCCGUAGCUUUGGACCCAAACUUCUUGGACGCCUACAUCAAUCUUGGCAACGUCCUCAAAGAGGCCAGGAUCUUUGAUAGAGCUGUAGCUGCUUAUCUGCGUGCUUUGAAUCUCAGUCCUAACAAUGCAGUCGUACACGGAAAUCUCGCGUGUGUCUACUAUGAACAAGGGCUCAUCGAUUUGGCAAUCGAUACGUACAGACGUGCCAUUGAACUGCAACCGAAUUUCCCAGAUGCUUACUGUAAUUUGGCGAACGCUCUUAAAGAAAAGGGACAAGUGGUCGAGGCUGAGGAUUGUUAUAACACGGCUCUUCGCCUUUGCCCGUCUCAUGCCGAUUCCCUUAAUAAUCUGGCCAACAUAAAACGCGAACAAGGAUACAUUGAAGAAGCAACUCGAUUGUAUUUGAAAGCGCUUGAAGUAUUCCCUGAGUUUGCCGCAGCUCAUAGCAAUCUUGCUUCCGUAUUACAGCAGCAAGGAAAAUUAAACGAAGCACUAAUGCAUUACAAAGAGGCUAUUCGUAUUCAGCCGACUUUCGCAGAUGCUUACUCGAACAUGGGCAAUACUCUGAAAGAAAUGCAAGAUAUACAAGGAGCACUUCAGUGCUACACGAGAGCUAUUCAAAUUAAUCCCGCUUUCGCCGAUGCUCAUUCCAAUUUAGCUUCGAUUCACAAGGACUCUGGGAACAUUCCUGAGGCUAUUCAGUCGUACAGGACUGCACUGAAGCUGAAGCCCGAUUUCCCAGAUGCGUACUGCAACUUGGCGCAUUGCCUUCAGAUUGUCUGCGAUUGGACUGAUUACGAAGCGCGAAUGAAGAAAUUAGUGUCGAUCGUUGCCGAACAACUGGACAAAAACAGAUUACCUAGCGUACACCCGCAUCAUUCCAUGCUCUAUCCGUUGUCUCACGAGUUCAGGAAAGCUAUUGCUGCUAGGCAUGCAAAUCUUUGCAUCGAGAAGAUUCACGUUCUGCACAAACAACCCUACAAAUACCCGCGUGAAGUUGGUACUCGCUUGAAGGUUGGAUACGUUUCGUCAGAUUUUGGAAACCACCCUACUAGUCACUUGAUGCAGUCGAUUCCAGGACUUCACGACAGACAGAAUGUUGAGAUCUUUUGUUACGCUCUUAGUGCAGAUGACGGAACCACUUUCCGAGCAAAGAUCGCCAGAGAAACUGAGCAUUUCAUCGAUCUAUCUCAGAUUCCGUGCAAUGGCAAAGCAGCUGAUCGUAUUAACGCUGAUGGGAUACAUAUUUUAAUAAACAUGAACGGUUACACGAAGGGAGCUAGAAAUGAAAUAUUUGCUCUGCGACCAGCACCGAUUCAAGUGAUGUGGCUGGGAUAUCCAGGAACAUCAGGAGCCAGUUUCAUGGAUUACUUAAUUACGGACGAAGUUACUUCACCGUUGGAACUUGCUACUCAAUACAGCGAGAAGCUUGCGUACAUGCCGCACACAUAUUUCAUUGGUGAUCACAAGCAAAUGUUCCCACAUCUGAAGGAGCGUCUCAUUUUAACAGACAAAUUGAAUAUGAAGGGCAAAGUAGCAGAUAACGUAGCUGUGAUAAAUGCUGCUGAUCUUUCUCCAAUGAUCGAAAACACAUGCGUGAAAGAAAUACGCGAAGUAAUUGUACCGGAUGCGAAAAACAAGCCUGUAGAAAUCUCAUUGAAAGUUGCAGAACUGCCAACCACUACUCCUAUCGAGACAAUGAUCGCUUCUGGACAAUGUCAGAUGUCGGUGAAUGGGGUUGUAGUUCAAAAUGGUAUGGCCACCACACAGGUGAACAACAAAACAGCCACGGGUGAAGAAGUGCCUCAAAAUAUUAUGAUCACAACCAGACAACAAUAUGGUUUGCCAGAGGACGCGGUUGUUUACUGUAAUUUCAAUCAAUUGUAUAAGAUCGAUCCGCUCACGCUUCACAUGUGGGCACAUAUUUUGAAACACGUGCCAAAUUCUGUGUUGUGGUUGCUGCGCUUCCCGGCCGUUGGCGAGCCGAAUUUACAAGCAACAGCUCAACAAUUAGGUUUAACUCCUGGUAGAAUCUUGUUCAGCAAUGUUGCUGCCAAAGAAGAACACGUUAGACGAGGACAGCUAGCCGAUGUAUGCUUAGAUACACCGCUUUGCAAUGGUCACACGACUAGUAUGGAUGUUUUGUGGACUGGAACACCAGUGGUUACACUGCCAGGUGAAACGUUAGCGUCUCGAGUUGCUGCUAGUCAGUUAAAUACUCUGGGAUGUCCUGAAUUAAUUGCACGAACAAGACAAGAAUAUCAGGACAUUGCUAUUCGUUUAGGCACUGACAGAGAAUAUUUGAAAGCAAUACGAGCCAAAGUAUGGAAAGCACGAUCUGAGAGUCCUCUGUUCAAUUGCAAGCUUUACGCGAUUGGCAUGGAAAUGCUGUACAAGAAAAUGUGGGAGCGUUACGCGCGAGGAGAAAAACCCGAUCACGUGGCGGCUGUAGAUAAAAAUGAGAGGGACAAAUUAUUAGCAAUUGCGUCUUAAAAAUGAAUUCUUAAAUCUCUAUUUUUUAUUUAUACAGCUUUAAUUCCAUAAUGUCUGUUUUUUCGGAAAUCUUAGCAUUUAAAACAGAUGAUUGAUAACCCAUUUCACGGAGAUAUUCUCACAUAAAUUCCGUAUUCUGAUAUUUACUGUUUUGUACGAUAAAUCAUCGAGCUUAGAUUACCAUAGGAUAACAUACGCAAACGUUUAACCUAAGCACGUGAAAUUUCAACAAAUUAUGGAUUGUUACACACUUAUUCGAGUCAUAAGGAAUAAUUACGUUCACUUCUGUCUUCUUAUGUCAUCGUAUCUUUCACCCUGUUAUUUAUAUACACAUAGUAUAUUACGAUUGUCGUAGCAUGUUCUCGAAGUAUCUCAUAAAGUCAGGUGUCUAUAUUUUUUGGUAUAAAUUAUACGUUGUUGGGAAAAGGGGAUAGGGAUAUUUAAGCGAUUAAUAUUGUUCUCUUUUCUUUUUGACGAGUAUACACGAACGAAUGUAUAGUGACGAAGUACCGCAUCACAAAUGCGUAACAUGUGCGCAGCUGACG